AUGGCAGACCGCCAGCGCAAGAAGAAUGAGGCCCUUGCCAACGAGAUUUUUGGUCGGAAUAAGACCAACAAAGCCAACUCAAGAGCCACAGCCAAGAACUCAACCAAGACUCCUGACCUUGCGAGCCGUAUAACGAAGCGCUCGUCUUCGGUGGCCAGCACCAACUCGUCCAGACACAACCCCUUCACCCCGCCCUCGCGACCUUCCUCAGCAAACCCUCACCAGAACGCCCGCUCGGCUCGCGUUCCCUCCAACCGCCUCGUCUCCGCCCUUGAAUCUCCCCAAGCUAACAUCAUCUCCCCAUCCCAGAGGAAGUCGAGAGGUAACGGCCUGAGCAUUAAAGGAAAAGCCGGCCCGUUCGUCGUCGAAGCCAGUAAUUUUGCGCCAGGCACGACCGCUGCAGACAUUGAAUCAGCCUUACAAAGUGAAACGGUAGACGAGAAUGGGGUCAGCGGCAUGCUUUCAUGUCGCUUGGUCAAGACGAGUCCGGCAGUCGUGGCGGAGCUGGUGUUUGCGGAAAAGGCAAUGGCAGAGCAGGUCAUUUCGACAUACCACAACCAGAAAGCCGACGGGCGGAUUCUGAAGCUUGAACUGAAGCGAUCGGGGGCUGGCUCGAAUACUUUGAUCUCACAGCCACAUCAGAACAGCCAAGUGUCUGACCCGGCCGUGUCGGAACCACAACAAUCUCUGCCCAGCGGAGACGACGUCAUGGAAGACGUCGAAAUCGAGGCCGAAGCACAACCCGCCCGCGACGACCGGCGAAGUCGAGAACGUUCAAGAAAUGCAGACCCAGACGUCACGGACGGCAGAUAUGGCUUCGAAGACACUCCCAUCUCAGACGCGAACCACGAUCGUAUAAGAGACGACGACCGACGUGACAGGGACAGGGACAGAGAUCGAGACCGCGACUAUGAGCGCGAUAGAGAACGAGAGAGGGAGCGAGACCGAGAUCGAGAGAGAGAACGCGAACGUGAUAGGGAUGGGGACAGGGACAGGGACAGGGACGGCCGAGACCGCUACGACCGCCGCGAUGACAGACCCUCAGGCUCGGGCCCAUAUCCAUAUCACCGUGACGGCAGACCGGAAGGCUAUAACUCGAGAUCAUCACACUAUGGGAACGGUGUCGGCGGACCGGCUGUCGGGAGGGGAAUGUUUGGAGGCGGUGCGCCGGGAGGUUUUCCUCGCGGCGGAGGCAGGAUGUACAGCGACGACAUGAUGAGAGGCGGACCGAGAGGACGUGGGGGAUUUCGGCCUGGAGGGUAUGGGAGAGGGAGGUACUAG